AUGAGCUUCGGCGCCGAGCUUCCCGGCCAGGCCCGGGAACGGCCGGACAUGGCCUCGUACCGCGACGGCUCGGGUGCGUGUCCCGUCCCGCACAGCCAGGCCGGGGCCACCGCGCACCCCGCGGCCUACGCGCGCGCCGAUCUGGGCGCGGGAGCCGGGGCCCAGUGCCCGUGGCUGAACGCGCCGGCUCUCAGCCCCGCGCCCUACACCGCCGGCCCCCGGCCCGCGCCCCCCUACGCGGCCCCCGGCCCGCUCCUCGGCGCCCCGGGCGGCCUGGCGGGCGCAGACCUCGCGUGGCUGAGCCUCGCGGGCCAGCAGGAGCUGCUGAGGCUGGUGCGGCCGCCCUACUCGUACUCGGCGCUCAUCGCCAUGGCCAUCCAGAGCGCGCCGCUGCGGAAGCUGACGCUCAGCCAGAUCUACCAGUACGUGGCCGGCAACUUCCCUUUCUACAAGCGCAGCAAGGCAGGCUGGCAGAACUCCAUCCGCCACAACCUGUCGCUCAACGACUGCUUCAAGAAGGUGCCCCGCGAGGAGGACGACCCAGGUAAAGGCAAUUACUGGACCCUGGACCCAAACUGCGAGAAGAUGUUCGACAACGGCAACUUCCGACGGAAGAGGAAGAGGAGAGGAGAGGUGAGCGCCGCCGCAGCCUCGGGAGCCGGGAGCCCCGGAGGAGCCACGGCGCCGGAGCUGGAGCCCCUGGGCGCCGCCUCCCCGGACCUGCAGGCCCCGCCGUCCCCGCCCGCGCCCGAGGCGGCCACCUGCCUGUCCGGUUUCGCCUCGGCCAUGGGCGCCCUGGCUGGCGGCCUCGGUACCUUCCCCGCGGGCCUGGCGGGGGACUUCUCAGUCGGGAGACCGACGACGGUCGCCGCCCACGGGCCCCGGGCCCCAGGCCCCGCACCCGGCUUCGGUGCCGGACGUCAGACCGCGGCCCCCGCCUUCCGCGUGGACCCCUUCGUCUACCGUCGGGAGGGGACCGAAGUGUGA